AUGGAUAUCAAACAAAAACAUCAUUGCAAUGUGAUAGUUUUGUGGCUAACUAGAGCGAAUAUGCGUACUUAUCAUAAACCAGACUUAAUUGGUCAUUCUGAAUCACGCGACUCAUCACUCCCUGGUCUGGCACUUGAUGAGCAGUGCAAUAUAAUGACGCCAUGGCACCAAAUUCGGAAUAGAAAACCGGAGGAAAACAAACGCAAUGAUUCACUUAAGUUGGUCGUAAACAUGUUCUUAAUCAUGGAAGUAUUGAAAUAUUGGCCUGAAAAUAUGAUACGCCUUGAAAUAGGGUUAGUCUGUGAAGAUUUGUCAUUACAGCAUUAAAGUUCAAAGCCCCAAGUAUAAGACUAACCAAGUGAUCACUUUUGGUUUGGUAACUUUGGUUCAAGCAAAAACAGCAAACUUUCAGGUGAGAAUUAACUGGCUUAUAGUACAGUCUGCAGUCAUAAUCAGAAUACAAUUGUUUUUAUGCAUGAUAUUUACUAAUUGUAAAAAGGAUCGAUUGAUAUUAAUUUAUUUGGUACACUAAGAAAUUAUUAUCUCAAGUUCACGAUUUUUUUCGCAGUUAUAGGUUACGUUUUUCUUUAUUUAUAUAGGCUAUUAUCCUCUAUCUAAGUAUGUCAUUGCAGCCUAACGUAUAUAAACCACCGUGAAUGUUAGUUUUAUACUGAUGUAUUAUAGAUACAAUUAUUUACAAUAGUCAAUAUAGCCUGAAUUGAGUUUGUUUAUUGAUUAAGUGCUAUAAGAUUGUGUUUUCCGCACUACAGGUACUGCAUGUACAUCCUGAGGUCCCCAUAACUUACAUGAUCAAAAACUGUUUUGUUUACACUUUUGAACGCGUGAUCACUAUAUCUCAGUGCCCGGUAUUCUCUGGUUCGUUUGAUUUUGAAAAAAAUUAAAAUGUAGAUUUCUUAAUAACGGUGACUGACUUUCUUAAACCUGAUUUGAGGCUUUGAUGUAUUAUUUUGGCAUUAUUUCGGCUAUUCUACUAUUUUGAUGUAUUAUUUCGGCAUUAUUACUUUGAGACAUUAUUCAUAUUAUAAGCUCGCCGAUGGAAAAGGCCAGGGGGUGCGUGUGAUUCAAUUCAAUUCCUGUUUGACAAAUCCUGGGAUCGAAACCGUCAACCAUUGAUAACUCUUCCCUGCGUGGAAUGGCCGAUCAUGCAGUCGUGUAUACUUCCAGUAUUUCCCUACUGACAUGCACAGUAACAGUAAUAUUUAAUUUGUACAACUUGUACAUUUCAAGCAAUCGCAACUGCCAAUAGACAGCACAUUUUUUAUUUCCAAUCUUCUUAGCUUCCAAAUUUCAAAAAUUUGUGAGGGGAAUGAAAAAAUCAUUUAUCCAAAUAUUCUAGUCAGUGGAAACCUAUAAUACUUAGCCACUAUAUUUUGGCUCGCAAUUUUAUAUAAAAAAAUUCGUGCAAGGGUGCUGAAAUCCACAGUCCAGCUAUAAUAUAAUUAUAGCACUAAUUUUUUCACCAUUACAUUUCACUAAUUUACGAACGGAUGACAUAACAAAAAGGCUAUAAUUUCUUUUUGUAUAUAUUUUUGCUUCUAUUAUCCAUUCUAAUUGUAAAUUUGUAUGAAUUUGUUUAGAAUAACCGCGAUAUAUAAAAAUGGAAAAUAUGUUCCUUGGAAUAAUUCUUCUCAGCGCUCAUGUUCUUAUAGUUUUAAGUGCUCCUAUUUCUCCAUCACAGGAGGAUUGUGUAGCAGGAGAACCACAACCGGGUAAGUUCAUAUAGAAAGUGAACAGAAUAUCAAAGCACGGGAAACAAACCUUGACUUCUAUAUAAUAUUUCUUUUCUCAAUGUCGUAUGUGUGUAUAAUUUUUCUCCCUAGGGCGAGUAUAGGCAUACAAACAGUUAGUCAUGUACAAUAAAGUUUCAAUUAACCUUAGGAAUGGGAUAAAAUAUUUAAACUUUAUCUGGAACGAUUGCCUGUACUUCCUAUAACCGAUGAAAGAUGACGAAUCAAUAUUUCAAGAUUAUUUUAUUAAUAUAACCAUAUUAGGAAUUAUUUAGUCCGUAAGGGGGCCGGGCCUAUUAUAGUUUCGCGGUUAUGCGGAUUUAGCCAUAUUUUGAGGUCGGAUUUCGGUUAUAUCCAGUUAUUUUGUACGGUUUGCGGAAAACUGGAAAUCGUGCGGAGACGGAAAAUGUCGAAAUUAACCAUCCGGAUUCGGUUUUUGGCCAAAAUAAAUAGCGGUUUUCGGAUAGUUUUUAACAUGCGGUUAAGAAAUAGUUUACGAGCUCAUGGCAAUAAUUCAGUUCAUGGCAUUCAUCUUCCGAUCGCGCGUAUGUGUUGCUCAACAGGGCCUCGAAAUGACGAAAUCAAAUUAGAAAAGUUGCCGGGCUAUUAGUAAAACCAGGAACACCGGAACAGCAUCAUUCCGGAAUACGGAACACCAGAACACCAAAAAUUCCGCUUAAUUUGUUAAAAAUUCGAGGGGAAAAAAUUACCGGGGGUUGUGAAAUUAUUGAGGAAAAAUUAUUCCGUAAAAGUAGAACAUGCUUUUUAAUAUUCUGGCUUGCCGAUUGCUACUAAUUACGAACUGAGAUCAGUCUCAAAGUAAUAAAUAUUUGCUAGAAAAGACGAAAUCAAAGCAACUUGAUUGUUUCUCACACAAAACAUAAGCAGCGAUGGAAGGAAAACCUUUUUAUAGCUAUUUGAACUGCUAAGACUUCGUUUGCUUUGCCAAUUGCAUAAUUGCCAAAUUUUAUACUACCAAGUUCGCGUGAAACUUGUGAACGGCUCCCUCUUCAAUACUCCAAUAGAAAUGGCGACUACACGUGCUGACUAUAUGGUCUAUUGCCUCACAUUAUGUUGCGGAAUAUGUUUCGAAAUAUGUUACCACAUAUAUAUGCUUCGGUUUGAACGCGGUUACAUUUAAAAGAGAAAUGAGUGCGCGGUUUGCGGUUAAAAUUUGAAAAACAGCGCGGUUUUCGGAGAUGCGUACCCCCUAAAAUAGACCCC